AAUGCCCCCAUGCCCAUGGCUCCGAAGGUCGAACACACCAAGGUAGAUCUAAUGUAAUAAUUGUCCAUCUGUUACAAUGGAAAUGUGUCUGGAACUCUGCUCCCAACACAACACACAAAGCGCUCCCAACACAUCUACAGGUGUUAUCAAUAUCAAUGUUAACUCUCCUCUCUUGUUUUACCUCUCUUGUUUUAUUUUCAGGGAAAGGUAUGACAGGUGUGGGUAGGACUGAGUGGGGUAUGCCAGUCAUAGAGAGUUUGGCUAAUUUUAGAGCUGGAUGCCAUCUUGCUGCCUCUGAACAUUCUAUUAAUCCAGUCUUAACAAGUAUUUGCAUUAUAAUUUUUGCAGUUCAGUUAGCUAGCUUUGUGUAGUUAACAUAAUAAAAUAAUAUGUGAACUGCUAGGCCACUAUUGCCCAGGAGGAAGCAAAAUGGCUGCUGUUGAAUUAUGCUUUUUGGUUGAAACCGCUAUGGCCAAUCUCUCUAUGUUUAUGGCUCUGGGAUAGACCUGUGUGGGGUAGGGCAGUAGGAAUGUGUGGGGUAAGGCCAUUGCUCUCAAAUAUAAUGCGUACCGGAACCUACAUAUAGAGUACCGGCACCCAAAAUGAGUACUGGCACCUAUUUCAGUCCACCUCAAGCACUGGGUAGGACUGAAGGAAUGUGUGGGGUAGGGUUGUGUGGGGUAGGGUUUUGAGGGGUAGGGUUGAGUGGGGUAAAAAUGCAUGGGGUAGGGUUUUGUGGGUUAAGUCCGUGUGGGUAAGGAUUAUUGGGGUAGGGUUGUGUGGGGUAGGGUUGUGUGGGAUAGAGUUAUGUGGGUUAGGGUUGUAUAUACAGUAUUACACUCUUAGAAAAAAAGGUGCUAUUUCGAACGGAAAAUGGUUAUUCGGCUGUCCCCAUAGGAGAACCCUUUAAAGAACCCCUUUUGGUUCCAGGUAGAACCCCUUUGGGUUCCAUGUAGAACCCUUUCCACGCCGGGUUCUACAUGGAACCCAAAAGAGUUCUACCUUGAACCGAAAAAAGUUUGACCUGGAACCAAAAAGGCAGGUCUAUUUAAGGAGCAAUAUCACAUAUUCCAACUGUUUUGAAAACAAGCAAACUUCUACACUGGCUUCAUAUAGAUGUGGGCCAAAUCUAGGACCUUGGAACAGAAUGUCACACCCACAACUAUUAAACACUAUUGUUUAAAUUGAAUUGAUUUGUUUUAUUUUCAGCCCAAGUCCAAGAUCUCAUCCUCCCGCAAGGUGUCACUGAAGGUAACACAUGCAAGCAUGGACGCACACACACGCACACGCACGCACACACACACACACAAAAGCACCAUCUCCUCCACACCGUCAAGCUGCCCAUAACAGCUGACACAGAGUAACAGACACACACACCACCUCUCUCCGACCUCCGUUCGUCUACCCCCACCAGACCCUCCUGUUGUCACGUGCAUUGGAGGAGCUGGAGGCAGAGAAACAAGCCAGAGAGGAGGAGAAGGUUCGCUACCUGGGAGAGCAGCUCCCGCCCCUGCAGGUGUCUGGCCUGUCCUUGGAGGAGCUGCAGGUGAGUGACAGACACUACAACACAUCUGGGAGGAGCAUGAAGAACUACAGACUACAGAGGUACUUUACCAUUAGAAAUAAGUUGCUACCUUCCGAGUAGCUCAGCGGUCUAAGGCACUGCAUUGCAGUGCUUGAGGCGUCGCUACAGACCCGGGUUUGAUUCCAGGCUGUCUCAUAGCCGGCCGUGACCGGGAGACCCAUGAGGUGGCGCACAAUUGGCCUAGCGUCGUCCGGGUUAGGGGAGGGUUUGGCCGGCCGGGACUUCCUUGUCCCAUCGCGACCUAACGACUCCUUGUGGCGGGCCGGAUACCUGCAAGCUGACUUCGGUCGCCAGCUGGUGCGGCUGACUUCCGGGUUAAGCGAGCAGUGUGUCAAGAAGCAGUGCGGCUUGGCAGGGUCGUGUUUCGGAGGACGCAUGGCUCUCGACCUUCGCCUCUCCCUAGUCUGUAGGGGAGUGGCAGCGAUGGGACAAGACUGUAACUACCAAUUGGAUAUCACGAAAUUGGGGAGAAAAAAGGUGUAGAAGUACCACAAAAAAAUUAAACAUAAAAUAAGGGCUAAAUGUAUACUGUGUGUGUGUGUGUGUUGUAGAAACUGUGUAAGCAGCUCCAUGCCAGGAUUGACCAAGUGGAUGAGGAGCGCUACGACUGUGAGGCCAAAGUCUACAAGAACGGCAAAGACGUAUGAAACCACUUAACAUUUUAAGACACCUACAGUACUACACACAUUCACACUUAUUUAAACAAACAUCAAUCAUCCAUCAUGUAAUUGAUCAUCAUCAUUUUAUUAGUUUAAUGUCAGGGACCAUGUACAACAAAUAUUGUACCAGAUCUGAAAUCAUCUGAUCCCUCUCCCCACUGCAGAUCCAUGAGUUGAAGCUGAAGGUGAUGGACAUGGGGGGUAAGUUUAAGAAGCCAGCUCUGAGGAAGGUCAGAGUGUCAGCAGAAGAGAUGAUGAGAGCACUGCUGGGCACCAAACACAAAGAACACAUGGACCUCCGAUCCAACCUCAAGUCUGUCAAGAAAGAGGACAUCAAACAGGAAAAGGUGAGCAAAUUAACCUACAGACAGACAGACAGACAUAUAGGCAGACAUAGAAUACAGACACAGACAAGCAAAACUGGGAUCUAACAAUAAGCUAGCUGAUUAAUUGAUUCUGGCCAGCUAGGACUGGUUUGAUGCGGUUAUUUCUGGUCUGAUGUGGUCUUGUUUGCCCCCGGCAGGAGGGAAACCUGGAAGUGGGAGACUGGAGGAAGAACGUGGAGGCCAUGUCUGGCAUGGAGGGCAGGAAGAAGAUGUUCGAUGCUGGCGGUGGCCAAUAA